AAGUACAGGCUGAAGCUCAGGGGACGCAUAGCACCGGAGAACCUCCGUGCUUCACAGACGGCUGUCUUUGGAUGUCUUCGGAUGUUGAGGUAGAUUUGCUGAAGUCCCACGGUGCGGGCCUCUCUUACGACACGCUUCGCAGACCGGCGAAGCCCAGGAAGUCGUCAGUCUUCCUAUGAGCGCUGGUGGAGUUGAAACUGAAGACAUCAGACAUGGCCGACUCUGGGGCUCCCCCUGACAGCGACUGUUUAGACUCUUACCACUGGCGGCGGCACAGCCGGCCGUGGGUGCAACAUCGAUCGCUCUCCGUCCAAAAUUGCCCGCUGGACGGUUACAAGUGGAGGAGCCCCACCAAGCUAGCUCUGAAGAUGCCCAAGCUGACGGAGGGGGGGGCGACUCACGGCGGCAGGGGCUGGGGCCUCCGUCGAAGGGAUGGUGGCACCAAUGCUCUGAUGGACAGUCCAUCCCCGCUCCGCACCCUCGUCCCCUUCCACAGAUCUGUCUCGGAGCCUGGGGGCACCCCCGUCGUCCAGAAGCUGAAGCUCAGAUAUGUGUGCUCUGACUCGCAGCAGGGCAUUGUGGGACAGCAGAGCUUGGACUCUGAGCAGGGAAUUGUGGGACAGCAAGGCUUGGACUCUGAGCAGGGUAUUGUGGGACAGCGGAGCUUGGACACUGAGCAGUGCAUUGUGGGACAGCAGAGCUUGGACAUUGAACAGUGCAUUGUGAGACAGCAGAGCUUAGACCCUGAGCAGUGCAUUGUGGGACAGCAGAUCUUGGACACUGCGCAGGGCAUUGUGGGACAGCACAGCUUGGACAUUAAGCAGGGCAUUGUGGUACAGGUGGGCUUGGUCACUGAGUGGUGCAUUUUGAGACAGCAGAGCUUGGACACUGAGCAGGGCAUUGUGAGACAGCACAGCUUGGACACUGAGCAGGGCAUUGUGAGACAGCACAGCUUGGACACUGAGCAGGGCAUUGUGAGACAGCACAGCUUGGACACUGAGCAGGGCAUUGUGGGACAGCACAGUUUGGACGCCGAUCGGGGCAGUAUGGGACAGGUGGGCUUGGAUGCUGAGCGGGGCAUUGUGGGACACGAAUCUCUGCAUGGUAUUGUGGGCCAGGUGUGUACAGACUCUGAGCAGAGACGCUCCUUUCAGGACUUAUUGUCUUCAAUGUCCAAGAGGAUGAGCUGGAUUCUGAGGCCCAAGGAAAACUGCGGGGCUGAAGCCAGAGCAGACGAUGUGAAGGGGCCAUCCACCCACUGCCUCUCCUGCGGACAGUCUCCGUACGUAGACCACAGCAUGUGGAGCAGGAAGUACUGCAUUCUGACUGACAGCCAGCUCAUCCUGCUGAACAAAGAGGAGGAGGUGCCAGUGGAGGUCACGCACGAGAGCCCCUCGGAGUCUUCCAAGGGCAGGAGCCUCCGCAGGACUGUCAGCGUGCCGUCCGAGGGGCAGUUCCCUGACUUCCAGACAGAUGCCGCCACCAAGCUGGAAGUGUCGUCCGAGAGGUCUCCGAGGAGGCGGAGCAUAUCAGGACUGGGGAGUGCAGAGAAGAACAUGUCUGUCGAUGGACCAAACUCCUCCCCCUUCAAAGUGCCGGGCUUUUUCAGCAAGCGGCUGAAAGGGUCUAUCAAGAGGACGAAGAGCCAGACCAAACUGGAUCGCAACACCAGCUUCCGACUCCCUUCCCUACGGCCCGCUGAUGCUGACAGGGCUCGAGGCCUCCCCAAGCUGAAGGAGUCACGUUCCCAUGAGUCUCUGCUCAGUCCUGGCAGUGCGGUUGAGGCUCUUGACCUGGGUAUGGAGGAAGACAUCUUCGUCAAACCCCUGCACAGCAGCAUUCUGGGACAGGAGUUCUGCUUCGAGGUGACGUACUCUGGUGGCAGCAAAUGCUUCAGCUGUUCAUCAGCAGCCGAGAGAGACAAGUGGAUGGAGAAUCUGAAGAGGACCGUGCAGCCCAACAAGGGCCCAUUCUUCUUCCAGGACAACUGUCGGCGGGCGGAGAACGUGCUGAGGCUGUGGAUCAUCGAGGCCAAGGACCUGCCGCCCAAAAAGCGCUACUUCUGUGAGCUUUGCCUGGACGACGUGCUGUACGCCCGCACCACCAGCAAGACCAAGCUGGACGGCCUGUUCUGGGGGGAGCACUUCGAGUUCGGGGGCCUCCCGCCCGUGCGGAGCGUCACCGUCCACAUCUACAAGGACGUGGACAAGAAGAAGAAGAAAGACAAGAACAACUAUGUGGGCCUGGUCAAUAUCCCCAUGGCCUCCGUCACGGGCCGGCAGUUUGUGGAGAAGUGGUACCCCGUCAGCACCCCCACCACCAGCAAGGGCAAGGCCGGGGGGCCCUCCAUCCGCAUCAAGUGCCGCUUCCAGACCAUCUCCAUCCUGCCCAUGGAGCAGUACAAGGAGUUCGCCGAGUUCAUCACCAACAACUACACCAUGCUGUGCUCUGUGCUGGAGCCCGUCAUCAGCGUCAAGAACAAGGAGGAGAUGGCCUGCGCCCUGGUGCACAUACUGCAGAGCACGGGCAGAGCCAAGGACUUUUUAACGGACCUGGUGAUGUCAGAGGUGGACAGAUGCGCAGACCACGAUGUCCUGAUCUUCAGAGAGAACACGCUGGCCACCAAAGCCAUCGAGGAGUACCUGAAGCUGGUGGGGCAGAAGUACCUCCACGAUGCACUGGGAGAGUUUAUCAGAGCUCUGUACGAGUCGGAUGAGAACUGUGAGGUAGACCCCGGCAAGUGCUCCAGCAGUGAGCUGACUGAGCAUCAGAGCAACCUGAAGAUGUGCUGCGAGCUGGCCUUCUGCAAGAUCAUCAACUCAUACUGUGUGUUCCCGCGGGAGCUGAAGGAGGUGUUCUCUGCCUGGAAGCAGCAGUGUCUGUCUCGGGGGAAGCAAGACAUCAGCGCGCGUCUGAUCAGCGCCUCGCUCUUCCUGCGCUUCCUGUGUCCUGCCAUCAUGUCCCCCUCGCUCUUCAGCCUCAUGCAGGAGUACCCCGACGACCGCACCUCCCGCACCCUCACGCUCAUCGCCAAGGUCAUCCAGAACCUGGCCAACUUCGCCAAGUUUGGUAAUAAGGAGGAGUACAUGGCAUUUAUGAACGACUUCCUGGAGCACGAGUGGGCGGGCAUGAAGCGCUUCCUGAUGGAGAUCUCCAACCCAGACACCAUCUCCAACACGCCCGGCUUCGAGGGCUACAUCGACCUGGGCCGCGAGCUGUCCGUCCUGCACGCACUCCUGUGGGAUGUGGUGUCCCAGAUGGAUAAGGGUGAAAAUUCCUUCCUGCAGGCGACGGCGGCCAAGCUGGGCCCUCUGCCCCGUAUCCUGGGCGACAUCGCCCGCGCGCUGUCCAGCCCCACCCCCCUCCAGCAGCAGCUCCGCCUCUUUCAGGACCACAGCUCCGCCCCCAACAUCAGCGGCAGCGUCUCCUCUGGGCUGCAGAGGAUAUUCGAGGACCCGGCCGAUAGUGAAGUGCGCAGUAUCAAGACUCCAGUGCAGGAGAGGGACGGAUAUUUCCGGAAGCCUCCUCUCCUGGGCCAGCAGCCGUCCACGCAGAGCAUGAGCUUCUCCGACAAGGAGGAGCGCGACUCCGUCCUGCCCAACGGCCGCAGCGUGUCGCUCAUGGACCUGCAGGAGUCUCACGUGGCCCCCCCUCCCGAACGCGCGCCCCUCAGCCAGCCCCCGCCCAGGCUGGGCCGCACCGGCUCCCAGGUCUCCAUCGGGGGCCCCGCCCCGCACCACCUCCACCCGGCCCCCAGGCCCUCCCCCAGGGACGUUCUGCCCCAGAGCGCCCCCCAGACGCGCCGGCCGCUGCCCCCGGCCCUGCAGCCUCUGUCCUUCCAGAACCCCGUGUACCACCUGAGUAACCCGGGCAACCCGGGGGUGGAGUCCAGCUCGGAGAACCUGAGCACGGAGAGCUCUCACUGUAGCACGCAUAGCGAGGACUGUGCCACGCCCCGCCGACACCCCGCCACGCCCCGGCAGGGUGCCGCCCACAUCGUCAGCGCGCCUCGCUCGCUCCCCGUCGCCGCUGACUCCUCCCACCACAUCAGCGUCCGCCCUCAUGCUGACCCCGCCCACCAUGUCAACGCCCGGCAACAUCCGCAGAACUUGUCCGCCAGAGAGAGCCCCGUACCCAGAGCCAGAGUACACAAGCAACAGGCACCUCAACAGGUGCACUCGCCUGUGGAGUCUGUCUCUAUGUCUCCUGUGGAGAGGACUGCUGCCUGGGUGCUCAACAAUGGGCAGUAUGACGAGGAGGAGGCUGAGGCCCGAGGGGAGGGCAAGCAUGCAGAGAAGUAUGAGCAGGAGAUCGCGCAGCUGAAAGACCGGCUCCACGUUUCGGGGAGGAGGCUGGAGGAGUGCGAGCAGCGGCUGCUGGCCCAGGAGCAGCAGAUGCAGAAGCUGCUCCUGGAGUACAAGGUCCGGCUGGAGGACAGCGAGGACCGACUGCGCCGGCAGCAGGACGAGAAGGACAGCCAGAUGAAGAGCAUCAUCUGCAGGCUGAUGGCGGUCGAGGAGGAACUGAAGAGGGACCAUGCGGAGAUGCAGGCCGUUAUCGAUGCCAAGCAGAAGAUUAUCGACGCGCAGGUCACUAAUGGUGCUGAGGUAGCCGACGCAGGAGAAGAGGAUCAGCUCCCUGGAUGCUGCAAACGCGCGACUCAUGAGCGCCCUCACGCAGGUGAAGGAGCGAUAUAGCAUGCAGAACCUGCGCAAUGGCCUCUCGCCCACCAACCCCACCAAACUGUCCAUCACCGAGAAUGGGGAGUUCAAGAACAGCAGCUGCUGAUCCGGCCCGCGCUCCCACAAACGUCCCAUGCUCUGGCUAUACAUGUAUAUAUCAAUGUCGACCUGCGCCCUGGCUAUACAUGUAUAUAUCAAUGUCGACCUACGCCCUGGCUAUACAUGUAUAUAUCAAUGUCGACCUACGCCCUGGCUAUACAUGUAUAUAUCAAUAUCUUUUACCGCUCUUGUACAGAGAUGUCAGAUACUGCCAUGGAGGGGUGUGGGGAGAAGGGGCGGAGCUUGUUAGAUAUUGUAAUGAGUUAGUGAGUUUGUGUUUUAUAAAUAAUAUUGUUCUCCCGACCAGAUCUAGCAAAGCAGAGUUUUAAGAGAUUUUUAAGUAUUGUGUAAUUUAGAGAUGAUUUAGCAGGAUGUACAUAUGAAGAGGAAUUUGUUUGACAAAAAAAGAAUAAGCACAUAGGAAAUGGAUUGGGCUGUUCAGCUGUGGGGAAAGACUGUCAUUGAUAGAAAAGGAAGGACAUUAUGAAUCAAACACUUUUAUGCACUCCGUUUGGCUAACCCGACCUUUUUUUAUCUUUUAUUUUCUGUUUUUUUUCCCUUGACAAUGUGUUGUAUUCCUUUUGAUAAGACUGAGAUGCUUUUAUUAAACCUGGAUAACUGGUCCACUCACUGUGUGGGCUUACCGACUCCCACAAUCCCCUGCUGUUCAGGGUCACAUGACCUGGAUCAGCUGGCUCCAGCAUGUGUGCGUUUAUUUAUUCUGUUAGUCAGGACUGUGGGGUCCCUGUCUGAUAACCCCACUGACUGCGGUUUCCAGUUUCUUAUAAAUGACUACUGUUACACUGUU